AUGGCGUCAACCGAGCAUCAAGAAUACAUACAGAAGAAGGUGAAUCCUAUCCAGUGUAAACAAUUCACGAACCAAUUACCGAGGCACGCUUUUGAUUAUGUAGUACAUUUUUUCAGUACUCUCACCACUUCAAAAAUUCACUUUGCAGCUGCAGCUUGUGCAUGUUGUGCAUGAAACGCUUUGAGGUCGUAUGUGGCCUCCGCAGAGCACCCACGCGAGGUGAGAAAGAUCUGAAUUAUAAGUAAAAGCCUCAGUUUGUCCUUGGAAAAUCAUGAGUUUUACACAGGAUAAAAUCCAUCCUGGAAUCACUAGUCACGGCAAUACUACUCGGUAACACCUGUCAGUUUGCCCAUGUCUCGUUUUGUUUAUGCUUCGUCAGACGGACAAUGAAUUAAUGUUGAUUCGACACAGAAAAUUUCCACAUCCAACACAGCAACAUCUCUGACGAGAACAGCGUGCACCACUGGUGCCAGACGUGAUUCAUCUCUCUCUUUUCUCAGGAAGUUCUUACUAAAGAAAAAAACCUAUCCAGACAAGCCGGACGAUGCGGUGGGUUUCAUGAUCUCUUGGCUUUCCGCCAAAGCAGCAGGUGGCGGCUCCGAGGCGGACAAUUUGCGACUCCGAAUAAAUGCCGUGAAGCAGGAGAUUGCAGAUUUGGAGAACAAACUGGCCUUAGCGGACGAGUCCGACGAUAACGACGACGAUGUCGUCGACGAGCUCCCACCACCACCAGUCAAGAAGGGGCCCCGUUUAUGAACGUAGAACAAGGGCGUUUCCAUGAGAUCUUCUCCAUUGAUCAAUGCAAUCGCAGCAUGAGGGAGAAGAAGAAAGUUUUGCGUGAGGGGGACAUUCUGUCAUGCGCUGCUAAACGUAAGUGUAGACUAGCUACUGCAACCAAAGAAUUGCUGGUGCUGCCCUCGAACGUCGCAUGGUGCAUCUGCAACAAUUCAAGAGCAACUUGUCCGAAAGAGAAGUUUACCGUGACACACGCCCUUAUUUCCUUCCAUACCGUGGGUCAGUAUCCGCCGAGGCAUACGGGCAGUGGAACAAGAAAAAGGACUACAAACCGGUGGAAAUCCCAAAGUUUAUCAAGAUGAAAACUUUUGGUGUGCUGGCAGCCAUGCUCAUGUAAUUCCAUAUGUACUGAUUGAAUUAGCGCACCACCAGUUUUCAUCAGCACAAUCGCAGACGAGGCGAAGGCACGAAUCCGGCAAGUCCUGCAAGGCUCCUUCUUGUUCUCUACCUAUGCGAUAGAACUGAGGAGUUUUCAUUUUUUUCUGGCUGAAUGUCAACAUGUGUGAUGUCAUAGGUAAGUAUGCAUCGUACGAGAAGCAACAGAAUUUUAGGAAAGCUCUAGUUUUGACAUUCGAUACUGAAUUAGAAGAAUCCGAACUCGAAAUCGUUGUCAUGGCGAUGGAGGAAGUCAAGCCCGCCGCUGGAGAAAGAAUCAUCCAGCAGGUAAAUGGGGUCUCAUGUUGGAUCUGCAUGACAAACACGCUUUCUCGUGGCGGUAGUAAUUGGACGGGAUUAAGAAGCUAUAUAAGAUUCACGUUUUUUGACGCCUGUAAUGCAGAUCAUCCAGAAAACAAAAAUGAAAUCAGAACGACGACGGCGACUGUCUCUACGUCAUCGAGGAGGGUGAUAUGCAAAGGAAAUCUCGUCAGAAAAGAUCGGUGGGGGAUCUUCAUACAUAGCUUUCAUAGAACCACGCGCAUUUUCAUUUUCGCAGCAGGAGGCUUCUGUCAUUGACUGUCAGCGAUUUAUCAUAAACAACUAGAUGAACACCCCCACUCAUUCGAAAUUUUUCCACCUCCAUAUUCCUGUGCCAGUGCAAGAUAAAUAAAGGCUUGGAGGGAGAAGUUGUCGUGAAGACGUGCGAGGCCGGAGACGCGUUUGGCGAACUGGCGCUCCUGUACAACUGUCCACGGGCAGCUUCCGUCGACGCCGCAGAGCCAUCGGUGUUGUGGAAACUCGACCGACUAACUUUCAACGCCAUCGUGAAGGACGCAGCAAGUACUUUUUGUUGAUGAGUUUCUCAUGCAGAAUGUGCGGAGAACAGGUUUUUCUUCAUGCGGGAUCCUUUCUAGAAAUUCCCUUUGGAGAUAGAGAAAAAUGCAAAUGCCAAUCUACCCCCACCCACCAGGUAAAAAGCGAGAAAAGUACAUCGCCUUCUUGCAGGGAGUGCAGAUCAUCAAGGAUUUGGGCGGAUACGAAGUUUCGCAGCUGGCCGACGCAUUAAAGCCGAGCAUUGUGCCCGCGGGUUCAAAUGUCGUGACGCAAGGAGAAUCAGGUUUGCUGGUUAUUGUGUCUGCGCGUGACAGACUCCGUGAUAGGUUUGACGGUGAUAUCUUUAUCCAUUGCCAAACAGGUUGUUCUAGAAAAAUACGAUGCAUGAUCAGAGACAUAUCUUCGAUCAGUAGAUUUCUUUCUAUCUAUUUCCUUUGCAGGCGACACCUUUUACCUCGUGGAGGACGGCGCGCUGUACGCAUGGAAGGGCAACAGCCCAGACAUCUCACUAUUGGAGUUUACGCAUUGCAAAUUUUCUGUCAUAAUUGAAGGUCGUACGCAUAAGAGGCAGCACGGAGAACAGAACUGAUCGUGCGCCAGUUUGUGUGACUAAAGGGCGCCCAGUGCCUAAUUUGUGCACUGUGCACUGCUUGUGAUGUUGUAAAACGACAAAUUUAAGUGCUCUAUCUUCCCGUUCAAAAAAACCUGCGUGCCAACAUGCAGUUACAUGGAGGUGCAUCGAAACUCAUGUCCCUGUUUUGUGCCGUGAGAACAAAGCUUGAAAACAAAAACAUUUUUGCGAUGCAUAGACCACGGUCCAGGGCAAUUUUUCGGUGAGCUUGCGCUGCUGAGAAACGACCUGCGACAAGCCAACGUGACGACGCGGUCGGACUGCAAGGUAGAAAGAUGGCUAUAUCAAACGUGAAGAAAAAGCAUGGAUACAUUUCUUCGCAUAAUACGAAGCCAUUACUUCUACUGAUGAUGACACGCAUGACAAACCCAUAAAAAUCAGUUGCUCUCCGUGGACCGGAAGACCUUCAGCCGGUUGUUGGGCCCGUUGCAACAGAUCCUGGAGAAAAAUGCGAGCGCGAACUACUAGAGCCAGCGGCCGGGAAGAGGACUACGACAGGGCGUUAUACUUGGCUUCUGUUGUAUCUCUUUACCAGCACGCGCAAAUGAUGGAAUUAUAGCUACAAAAUGCCCAAGGCGAGCACGCUCGUUCCUCCAAUUCUCACCCUUGGGUGCGCUCGAGGUUGUUUGCGAAAGUGAGGCUGGUAGCGCCGUAUGCAACUUCCUCUACCUCCAUCGUAGGUUUAUUGAAGAUUCCCACCGUUCGUGAAGGUACGUACAACAAGUAACAUUGCUGAAAGGACAAAAGUAUCUAUGGAACUGCCAAAUAAAUAGUCCAUUUGAGUAGCACCACCGACACCUACGCAAGUGCAUCUUUGCUACUGGCGAGGUACUACAACGGUAAGUAUGGAAAUUAAAGAUUCGAAACCGAAAUCUAAAUUGAUUACAAGUCGAUAAUAGGCGAUAAGUCAACGCUGGAAUCGCACUAAAGAAAGGACGUGCGUCGUGAUCCGAGAAAUAAACGCGAGAAUGACCCUGUAAAUAAGAGUAGGAGACAAUAGGACGCUGCGCAACAUGUACAACAAAAAGGCACUCCUCAUAAGCAU